AUGAGUGCUUGCAUUAUUUUUGCUGCACUGCAAGUGCUCUGGUGGGGCGCCGGUUCGGAUAAGACUAUUUCCGCCGCAUCCCAGCGUCGAAUAAGGUUGUGGAGAGGACAAGGUCCAGCCCAUGGUAGUGGGACCUCAGGCGAUGAUAUCAUUUAUCGCGAACGGGUUCGUGAAAAAGAUAGGCGAGUAGCUCGCUUCACCUUCGCCCAGCUCCGCCCAUGCCCUUUCUUCCAUCUUUCUUCGUCGCUCCUCAGAAUACCAUGUGAAUUGCUUCAAUCCCAAGGUGUCGCUAUGUUUUCCAGCAGAGCGAUGUUUCGCUCUGGUCCUGCAGCCAUGCUGCAGAGGACAUGGGCCCCUGUUCGACCAAUUGCUGGAUCCCAGCAUCACCAGGGAACAAUUGUGCGAGCCGCGACAAAGGCGUGGGAGAGUACUUCAACAGGGGACGACAAUUCUGGACAUAUUACAAAAUCCCAGAGCGAAUCGAUUCUUUUCUUUGAUAACCUCUUCCCGUUGAAGCUCACCCACCUCCUUCGGUCUCGGGCGUGGCAGUCAGAUCGCGACUUUGGGGACCUCCUUCAGCGUUUUGAGACCUCGAGCUUUGGUAUUGGUGACCCAAUCAACUUGGUGAAGCGAGCUAUCCCGAGCGAUUUGCCUAUCAAGGUCACCGAAAUUCUACCGCGGUUCAAGGAUGGUGGAGUAUACGUCAAGUUCAGCCAUGGGCCUGAAGUUGAGCCAAAGGAAAUUGAAGGUACUCUCGCACGGUCGUUGGAAAAAAAUCCCCUACGCCCAUGGUUCAAUCCCUUUCGUAGCGUUAAAGCAGGCCUUGUCAAGGGAGUUCCUUGGCUGGAAGACUUAUACCGGUUCCCUAAAAGUAGGGUCAAGGUCGAGUUUACUGGAAAAGAUGCUGGUGGUGAGGCCGUUGAGCUGUCCCAAGAAGAUCUGUACAGUCUCUUCCGCAAAUACGGCAAAAUCGCUGAAAUUACGUCACAACCAUCCGACUCCAAGGUUCUACCAAAGUACGCAUAUGUUGAUUUCGCCCUGGUUCGCGAUGCCAUCAUGGCAAGGAAUUGCCUUCACGGCUUUGUUGUGGGAGAAGCUCUUGGGGGAGGCAAGAAUGGCACCAAACUUCGCCUGUCGUACGAGCAAAGGGUCAAGCCGCACAACAUCUGGAACUGGCUCUCCAGCCACCCGAGGAUUGUUGUGCCAAUAGUCGCUGCUCUUCUCGCCGCCAUCACCGUAGCAAUCUUCGACCCUAUUCGCGAAUUCUUCGUCAAGGCUCACAUCCAACAUUCUUUCCGAUUCUCGGACAGCAAGCUCUACAAGUGGGUUAAGAGUCAGACAUCCGAUAUUAUUUCUUCCUUUGGGCACAAGAAAGCAGACAAGGCUGGCUUCAAUGCUGUAUGGCAACAUCGGCGAGAUCUCAUCGAGCAAAUCCAGACCUGGCUCCUCGAGAGCUCUGAUACUUUCAUUGUUAUCCAGGGCCCUCGAGGUUCCGGCAAGAAGGAGCUCGUAUUGGAUCAAUCACUGAAAGGUCGCAAGAAUGUUCUCGUCAUUGACUGUAAGCCCAUCAUCGAAGCCAGAGGAGAAAGUGGCACGAUCAAACGCCUCGCCAAUGCCGUAGGAUAUACGCCAGUCUUCGCAUUUAUGAACAGUAUGAGCAGCAUGAUCGACCUUGCAGUUCAGAGCACUACUGGUGUCAAGGCUGGGUUCUCGGAGACCCUUGAAUCACAAGUAGUCAAGAUCUUACACACCACUGCGGAAGCUCUCAAAGAAGUUUCUCUCGCCGGACGUGACAAGGACGGCAAGGAUGCCGACCUUUCAGACGAUGCCUACCUAGAAGCCCACCCUGAUAAGCGGGCAGUGGUUGUGAUUGAUAACUUUCUGCACAAGAACGAGGGCUCGAGCAUUGUUUACGACAAGGUUGCUGAAUGGGCAGCUGCCAUGGUUCAAAACAACGUCGCUCAUGUCAUCUUUUUAACAGACGAUACAUCCUAUUCAAAGUCCCUUGCUAAGGCCAUGCCGGAUCGGGUUUUCCGACAAGCAGCUUUGGGAGAUCUUUCUCCCGAUGUCGCCAAGAACUUUGUCAUAAGCCGUCUAGAGGAGGAUGAAAUCGAGAAGGUUCGGGAGCAUUCAAAGGAAGCACAACAGGAGACAGAGGACAGCGCUACUGUAGAACCGGAAGCAAAACCUGACCUUUCGGAGCUCGACGCAGCCAUCGGUAUUCUGGGUGGUCGUCUUACAGACCUUGAAAAUCUCGCCCGCCGCCUGAAGGGGAGACAAAGCCCGCAAAAGGCUGUCGAAGAUAUCAUCAAUCAGAGCGCCACGGAAAUCGUCAAGAUGUACCUCUUGGGCGGUAAAGAUACGGUCGAGGGCAAGAAGUGGUCUACUGAGCAGGCAUGGUAUCUGAUCAAGCAGCUUGCCUCGCAUGACGCUCUCCGAUACAAUGAGGUACUCCUCUCAGACACUUUCGCAUCCUCCACCACCCCCGGAGCUGCAAACGGAGAAUCUGCGCUCGAUGGUCUCUCCAAUGCCGAGCUCAUCACAGUUGAGACGUAUAACGGUCGCCCGCAGACUAUUCGCGCCGGCAAGCCCAUGUACCAGGCAGCAUUUGGCAUGUUGCUUCAAGACCGUGUUCUCAAAGCCAAGAUGGACCUUGCUAUGUUGAAGGAGCUUGCUAAAGUCGAAGCUAAGACGAUCGAGAAGGUUGAGAGCGAAUUGGCACUUUUGGGUAGCCUGCCAAAGCAGCCUGCUCAGACCGGUGCCCGGGUGUCUUAUUUACUUGAUAAGCUUCAGGGAAGUCAGGUAAAGAUUACCAAGUACGAGAAAGACAUGGCGGCACUUAAGCAGGUCCUCAAGCACAACUACUAA